AUGCCUCUGGGAACGAGAUAUGUUUGGAACGGCGACGAGUGGAAGAUGCAUAUGUUUUGGGUCUUCGGAGGCUCGCGCGACGGCCACUGCAAGAUGGUUCCGCAGCGUUGGGCCGAGUCCCAUGAGACCCUUUCGCAUGCGAUCGAGGUGGACGUUGAGAGGCCUUUGAAGGAAUAUGCUAGCAGGAAUAGUGAUAUGAAAUCCCUCUCAACCAUGCAGCAGGAGCUAUCGAAUCUGGCCAAGGAAGUUGAAUCUGCGAAGAAGAAGGCCGACAAAUUAAAAGACAAGGGUCCGAAGGCUGCUGCAAAAAACUCGAGUGCCGUUUCCGCUGCGCAGGAGAUGGCACAACAAUGGGAAUCGAGAGCGCCUUUUGUCUUUGAACAGCUCCAGGCUGUUGACGAACACCGCCUGAACCACCUCAGAGACCUUCUCACCCAGUACGAGACUCAUGAGUCAGAUCAUAUCGAAAGAACAAGACGAUCCACUGAGAGUUGCCUUAACGCGCUAUUAAACGUUCAGACCGACGAAGAGAUCAGGGCGUUUAUGACAAAGGCAACGGGUGGAAGGGCCUUUGUAUCGAGAACAUCGAAUGCUCCUGCGACUACUUCACCCCCAUCAUCUAGGCCGGAUCCAAUGGCAGUAGCAGCAUCAACAGCGGCAGGGCCUUUACCUCCGCCUCCUAGAAUUCAUGACGAUGCGUCCAGCGAGCGUUCCGGUCGGUCGAAUCAAGAUAGACUUGGCCCUGCACCAGAGCCAGUUGCUCAUAUGAGGCUUGGUGGCCUGAAGCGUUUGGGUACUGUCAUGGGCCGAAGAAAGAGCGUUGUACAUCAUUCAACUGGGAGCGCAAGUUCUCCAGAGAGGAAAUUCCGGUCUCCAUUCACGGCGUUCCGAAAACCGGAAGCGACUCGAAACUUUCACCCAGUCGAUAUGCAGCCUAACGCUGGCGAUUAUCUAGCGCCUAUUUCUUCGAGGGAUGAUCCGUCACUGCGCCGUCCUGCUUCCUCGCCUCGAGGGACGGCUCGCAGCGAGUCGAUUUCAGCGUCGCAUCAGCGGCCAGCGACUCCCAACGGUGCUGUUUCUCCCGAUGAGAAAACCGAACAAGAGAUUCCCUCGAAGGAGGUCAACUCCUCGGACCAAGCGUCAACCCCAGCCCAACCACCUAAGAUAGACGUUGAGGGAUAUUCCGAACGGCCAGAUAGUCUUGACGAAAUAUCUCGAAUUCGAAGAGAAGCUGAAGCCACCGAAGAGCCCGGUCUUAACCUCACCAUCCGUGACCAACCUAUCGAGGAGGACGAAAGCGAAGCGAAAAUGGCUUUGAACGAGGUGGCGAAUACCUUGCGAUUGAAAGCACAGCAAUCAGGCCUAUCUCGUGGGGUUGGAACAUUGCGUGGGCGUCGAGACGUUAGAAACACCAUUUUUGUCCCAAAUCAACCUGGCGAAGAUUCAGGCUCGGGCCCAGUUCCUGGCCUAGUUGCUGGACCAGCUCCUGUCACGCCAUCGUAUACUCCUAGGACUGUGACAUCUCCUGGAAGUCACGAUGACCAUACCUUGUCCGAUACAACAUCAAUCAAUUCAUCACAAACCCUCCAUAGUCUUUCCGGGCCUGUUUCACAUCCUGAUAUGCCCGAACCUGGCCUCAACGCAUCCAUCGUGGAAACGGUCAGUGCUUGGUUUUCUGACGGCGUAGUGACCCGUUCCUUCGUCGUGGGAGAAUUGGCUAUGACGUAUAACUCGACCGUCAACGCCCCUUCUGAUUCUACGCUUGUCCGCCUAAAUAAUUUCCACAUUUUAGAAAAGGUUGCGGCCAACCCUGUCCUCGCUACAGAAGUCGGGAAUUCCUUAAAAGGCAAGGAGAAGGAAAAGGAGCUCGGCGACGAGGAGAGGAAAGGAGAGUAUCUGAUAUCGCUUCCAACUAUCGCACGUCCGACUCCUACGGUUGCUUUUAAAUAUCAAGUACAUCUCGAUCCUUCUAAUUUAUCUGCCUAUUCACCAGUUAUAUUUAACCCUGUUUGGAAUUUGGAAGAAUUCCAAGCCAGCGUUAUCAUUACUUACUCAAUAAACCCCAAUUUCGUUUCUGCAAUGCCAUCCACACGUAUCACACUUCAGAAUCUUGUUCUCACUGUCAACCUGGACCUAUCCCCGCAAGAAGACGAAACUACCAAACAGCCACGAGAAGUUGCUCGGGCUACGGGAGCAGUUAUGUAUCCAAAUACCGGCGCUACAUUCCGUCGCAAGAUAUCAGCCGUAACAUGGAAACUACCAGAAUUGGAAAUAGGCAGCGAAGGCGACCAACGAUUCCUCGCUCGAUUUUCAACCACAGUAAGUGGGCCUCGGAAGGGGAAAGUCGAUGCCAAAUUCGAUGUCACGAAUGCCAACAAUGGAGAAAGAUUGGGUAUCAGUGUUCAAAAUUCCACCAGCGAGCAGAAGGAGAAGAAGGCUGACGACCCCUUUGCCGAUGAGUCUCUGGUGAUGAGUAAUGGGGCGACUUCACCUGAACACUUGCCCACCUCGAAGACAUGGGAAGAAGUGCCCACACGACGAAAACUGGCAGCUGGGCGGUAUACCUCUGUUGAUUAA